AACAUGCCCAAGACAUCAAGCCUCGCUUCUUGUACCCCUUUGUGUGUAUCUCUUGCGAGUCGUUCAUCUUUCUAUUCCUAACCCAACGUUACUACUGUCAACAAAAGGCCAAACGACCUAACGCCCUGCAACCACCUGUACACUAUACGCUUGACAACGUUGUCUUCUCCUGGGAACAAUCCUAGACGAUGCCUAACUAAUAAGGUCUCUCCUCCGGCACAUCCCGCUAGACUUACAUGAAGUCAAGUUGGAUCGAUUCCCAGCCUUGCUACGGGCUGUCCGAAGGGGCAUGGCCGACGCAGCAAAGCCAUCCUCAACAUUCCUAAACUCGAUAUCUCCUUGGUCACGCAGCAGCACGCCACCGCCCAAAUCUCCCUUGCAGCCGCCCAAAGAUGAUUCAGCUCGAUUGAAGCAGUCUUCAGGAGUGGACCACACCAUCAGUCUCAGACCAAGCCCUAGUCUACGCAGAUAUCCAAAGGAUUGUCCACCUCUCAGGACAAAAUGGUACUACGCUGUCGACGUGCCAAAGCGGAAACCUUUUGCAAGUGAGUCGAAUUCUGACGAAUCCACCAAGGCUACUGUCCAACCCAAGAAAUUCGUGGGCUUCUCAACAUCCGACUCUCAAGCCAUUGAAAAAGCCUUUCAGUCACUUGAUACCGAUCGGCCGCUCAAAGAUGACAAGUCGGAACCCACCUGCACAAAGGUGCCAGUCAAUGAGGACUACUUGUUUGAUGUUCAUAUCGAAAAACGUGAACUAGGCCCCGCCUACUGGCUGGGUCCUGUGUAUGAGGUCCGUCGAGGCAGCUGGUUUUACUCCGACGGCACAACGUUGAAACCCACGGAUGAAAACCUUGCCAACCAGCUCGAAGAGGGGUAUCUGAAAGCUGCCCCGUGGAGAAGACUCGGUGUUACUUCACCUCGAUCCACAUCUCAACCAAGAAGCCGUCCAAGUUCGAUGAAUUUUGACAGCAACUCCACAACCCAGCCCAGUAAGGCCGCUCCCGCCCAGGACGACCAAGCAUCCAAUCCCAACACCCAUCGUCUCUUUGGCACUCAUAUGAACACGACGGUCACAUAUCAAGAUGCGACAGUUGCUUAUCUAUCUUCGGAUGACUUUUAUUCUCGCAUGAGCAGUAUUACAUAUGGGAGAUUUGUCGGCUAUGGUGGUACCAAAGUGGUCCGAGGCUGGUCCGAACCGGUGAUUAAGGCUACAGAUUCCAAAACGACUGACACCAAGGAAAAGCGAAAAUCCGCGAGAAUUCCCACAGAGCCUGCACAAACCGAUCAGAAGACCGGCCUUCCACAAGACAAGGAUCGUGAAGACGCUGAACCCGAAGCCAAACCUCGUCGUUCUGCUCUUGAACGCCAACUGUCAUCCUUGGCAGGAAUGUCACCAGACCAAGAGAACGAUAUAUCUGCGGAAGAGGAAGCUAGGGAACAAGAACAGCAAGAAAUGGAGGAUGCACGUGAGAAAGACGGGGAUGACCAAGCAAGACAGAUCGAUCACCUUGUCCUCGUCACCCAUGGCAUAGGACAACGCUUGGGAUUGAGACUUGAUAGCAUCAAUUUUGUUCACGAUGUGAAUACUCUUCGCAAAACAAUGAAAGCUGUCUAUGGUUCUGCUCCAGAUCUGCAAGCUUUGUCUGCCGACCCAGUCAAUUGUCGGGUUCAAGUCCUGCCCAUUGCUUGGCGACAUCUCCUCGAUUUCCCCAAGCAAAGCCUCAAGCAAAACCGAAAGGAGUUUGACCUGGGUGAUGCAGAUGCCGACUUUGAUGAUGACUAUCCUUCUUUGCAGGAUAUCACUGUCGAGGGCGUACCAGCCGUUCGAAAUCUCAUUACCGACCUGGCCAUGGAUGUGCUUUUAUACCAAAGUGCAUACCGAGAACACAUAGCAACCAUUGUCCAGCAAGAGUGCAAUCGAGUCUAUCAACUCUUCAAAGAACGCACCGGCUUCUCCGGCAAAGUCAGCCUGUGUGGACAUUCUCUGGGCAGUGCUAUUCUCUUUGAUAUUCUCUGUCGACAAGAAGAUAGCAAAACCCGACCUCGACGAGUAUCAAGCAGAACCUCACGCGAUGCGACCCAUGAUCAGGCUAACCUGCGACUGGAUUUUGAAGUCGAGAACUUCUUCGCAUUGGGCUCUCCCAUUGCCCUCUUUCAAAUGCUAAAGGGGCGAACAAUUGCAGGGCGACAGUCUCUGGCAUCGACAUAUGGCACCACCAUACCCACCUCUCCAUUCGACCCGGACCCAAUGACCAAUGACCCCUUCGACAUUGCUGCAACAAAACCAAUCGGAGGAGGCCCAAAUGUACAAAAGGACAUUAUCCCCAUCACGACCUCAUCCCCUAAAUGCAAUGAACUGUUCAACAUUUUCCACCCUACAGACCCCAUUGCCUAUCGUAUGGAACCACUGAUUUCAGGGGCGAUGGCGCAACUCAAGUCUCAACCUUUACCGUACACGAAGAAGGGACUAUUUGCUGCGCCCGGCAUCGCCAACAUAUCUGCACGUGUUGGCCAACAAGUCAUGUCAUCGUGGUACAACCUCACAUCAGGUGUUGCCUCCAGUCUCAUUAACAGAAGUUUGGGCAUCACGGGAGAAGAGCAGGCAUUGCCUCAAGACAAGGCCAAAGCAUCCGCAUCGACCGGUGCGAACGCAGUUGCUGGGUCCAAUAACUCUGCUCAAACACCGACUCAGCCGACAACCAGUAUGCCUAUCGUCGACCGCUCUCGACAAGAAGCACUCGCGGAUGCAGCACGUUUGUCACCGACAGAUGAACAGGCCCCGACACUCAUCGACGCCGAGAUCGAGACUCUGUACUCUGGAUUCCAGAAACGGAACCGUUCCAAGACACCAACUUCUCUCCCUCGAUCGGUCGAUCCAUCCGCGUCAUCGACAGAUCCGUCGUCAGCAUUAGAUCCUUCAGCCGCGAACAGCAAAAGCGAUAUUUCGAACUCGCCAUCGACGCCGACGACAGAAUACGCCAUCUCAAUGGAACGGGCGCGACGGCUGAAACGCGAGGAGGCGAAAGUUCGGGCACUCAACUCCAACGGGCGAGUGGACUACCACAUCCAAGAAGGCAUGUUUGACGUGUCUCUCCUGGCUAGUAUCGCGAGUCAUCUCAGUUACUGGGCCGACGAGGAUGUAAACCAUUUCAUGAUGGGCCAGAUGUUGAAGACUCGUGGUCGAAAGGGCCAUCGAGGAGAGAAGAGUACUGGCGUUUGAACAUAGUUACCGAAUCGACCCGAGAGUGCUGUUGCAGGACAACUCCUACUUGGUUGGUUUUGAAAUAAUUUGCUUGGUUGGUUGGAUUUGCAACAGUCGGUGUCCAAUUGCUCAAUUACAUAGAGUCUUAGAUUGGAACAUGUGGCGUUUGACUGGUGGUGUGAGAAAAUCAAUACCAUGCCUUGAGACUGUUGCCUUUUAAAUCUAUGUCCGCUCAUUCUUGUUUCCUCGAAACCGGGGUAUUAAGCCUAGACUGUCCGAGCCUGUUUUCAGACCCAUGCAAGGAACUGGCAC